CUGGUGCAGUACGCAUGCGCAGUGGGCGCCAAGGUUUCUGCAGGCCUCAGUGGAGGCAUGAAGAGGGCCGCGGGGUCUGGGGAGGUCCACGUCGAUGGGCGGCCCAAGCUGGGACUGUGUGUCCUCUGCGGCUUGCCGGCGGCCGGAAAGUCGACCUUCGCGCGUGCUCUGGCCCUCCGGCUGCGGCAGGAGCGGGGCUGGGCCGUGGGCGUCCUCUCCUACGACGAUCUGCUGCCCCCCGCGCUCCCGGACCGCGCUGGCACACAGCUUCGGCCGUCCCAAUGGAAAAUGUUUCGACAAGAACUGUUAAAGCACGUGGAAUGCUUUCUCGUGGCGGUCAUUAGUGGGGGUCAGAUGUCUGCCCCACCCAACAGGAGUGAAGCCGUGUGGGAAGAUUUUAUAACUUGCUUAAAGAACCAGUGUUUGAUCUUUUCUGCAGCUCAUGAGGCCCAGCCUUGCCACCUCUUGGCAAAAUCUGCUGUUUCUAGACCUUUGAUUUUGGUAUUAGAUGACAACUUUUAUUACCAAAGUAUGAGAUAUGAAGUCUACCAACUGGCUCGGAAAUAUUCACUAGGCUUUUGCCAGCUCUUUUUAGAUUGUCCCCUGGAAAUGUGUUUGCUGAGGAAUGGCCAGAGACCCCAGCCACUGCCUAAUGAGACCAUCCACCUCAUGGAGAAAAAGAUAGAAAAGCCUGACCCUGAGAAGAACACCUGGGAACACAACAGCCUCAUAAUUCAGAGUUCAGCAUGUUCUUUGGAGGCCAGCCUGGAGGUGACUGAUUUGUUAGUUACUGCUUUGGAAAACCCCAUAAAAUGUGCUGAGGACAAUGCGGAACAAAAGGAAACAGACAGACUCAUUUGUUCUACUAACAUCCUCCAUAAAGCUGAUGAGACAUUCCGAAGAACCAUCUCUCAGACAAUGAAGGAAGCCAAAGAUGAGCAAAUACCUCUUAAUAACUUGAAGCGUCUAGCAGAAGAACUUAACAAGCUCAAAGCAGAUUUUUUGGAAGACCUAAGACGAGGAAACAGAGAAAAUCUGUGCUUUCAGCAAACCACCGACUUAUCAGAUGUUAUUUCUUCUUUUUGUGAUGAGAGAGAUACUGUUGUGCAGAAGUAUUUUUCAAAGCAACAUUAAACUUUCUGAAUUUCUAAUCAAA